AUGAAGACAGCAGGCGUGUUGCUGCUGUUUGCUCUAGCCCUUUGCUGCAUCCCAGAUUGCAUCUAUCUGCAGGGCUACUGCAGAAACUACGUGGUACCCAGCAAUGUCUGCACUAUGGAAUACGUCCCACACUGUGGGUCUGACGGUGUUACAUAUGGCAAUAAAUGCUUAUUCUGCAAUGCAUUCCUGAGAAGCCGUCGGACUCUUCGCUUGAGAUCUCUUCGAAAGUGUUAAUUUCCUGACAGGCUUCAGCUCAUACAGAGGAAUCCUCCCUGGC